GUGUACAUAUCCAUAAUUUAUGUAUGUGGUGCAAAAUGUUUAGCGAGGUUGGUGGCUUUUCUUGAGAAAGCAGAAAUGGAAAUCCUUUAUUGGCUCUUCAUUGUAUGUGUUCCUUUUUCUACAAAAUGCAAUGAGCCAGACCCCUGCUCUGAUAAAUUCUACCGUACCAUUAGAGAUCUACCAAAAAGAAGUCCAUUGUUUACAAUGAAUGCUGCACCUCUUUGUGACAACUAUCUUUCUUCAGGGUGGUAUGGAGCAGAACAUUAUACCAUGCCAACUUCUCCGCCUUCCCUUGGCACAUGUGGUACUCUUUAUCCCGUCUGGUUAAACGGUAAACUACCAACUCCAGGAGAAAUAAAAGAAAUUCCAGCAUGUAAAGUGGGUUUUAGAAGUAACUGCUCCGAGACUUAUAACAUCAAGGUGAAAAACUGCGAGACUUUCAUCGUUUAUCAACUGGGGCCGUUAGGUUUAUGUGCUUCAGCUUAUUGUUUUCAAUUGAGUAAAAAAUGCGUAGAUGCUGUCCCGUCAAAUCUCCUUGUUUCCUACCACAGUGUAUCCUGGGAUGAAGAUGUCCAGGGAACAAUGACACAAUACACACCAAGUUUCAAUCUGAACUGUAACGUUACACCUCUACAGGACCGUACUUUAUAUUAUGACAUUUUUUGGUAUGAGGGGAAUGAAGCUAUCUUUAACCAAACACUAGCAUACGACUCACUUGACAAGGCCUUGCUCUCAUCAAAACAUAUAUCUAAUAAACAGAAGAGGUCCGGGUCAUUGAUUUCUUGCCUUGUUGGAGCGAAAUAUAAGGAAGAUGGAAUCGCAUGUAGAACUAAGAGUAGUCCGUCAUUCUUUGCUGGUAUAAGGGUUUUAACAACAAAUCUUACAAUAGAGAGAGGCGGCACUGCAGAUGUUCAGUUGCUACUUACCGUACCUUUUGCUGAAAUAAUCACGGUCUUGAACAAAAAUAGUGUGUCUCCUCCUGGUUGUUUGGACAUUGGUCUUGCACGUGCAAGUGGCGACUUAGCUUCCUGCAGAAGUAAAGACAGACAACAGUGUGGUAUUGCAAUAAAAUCAUACUCGUAUGAAGAGCGUGAAAAGUAUUCCACUGAUGCCUGGAAAAAUAUCCACAUCAUGAAAAUUUAUAAAACGAACGAUCUAGACGUUAAAACCGUAAAUGAGCAAGUGACAUUGCGACUUGAGACUGGGAAUGCCAAUAGGAAAACAAACAGGCUAUUUGAUGGAAUAUUUUUGCAAGAUAUUCAGGUAUACAUAAAGGAACCUGAUCCUGUAUGGAAAGAGAAACACUGUGGAUCAUAUACUGAUCCCCAUAUGCUGACGUUUGAUGGAUAUAAGUAUGAGUGUCAAGAAGAAGGCACGUUUAUUUUGUAUAAUAACAGAAAAUUUAAUCAAGAGGUACAAGUGAAACAUCAUAGGUGUCAUGCCCGUUACUCAUAUCCAAGAUGCACAUGCGCUGUAGCUGCAAGAUCUGGACGGGAUAUCUUCACUGUAAACAUCUGUACGGCACAAUUUAUCAAUUUUCCUCUCUGUGAUGAUAGAGCCUUUAAAGUUAUAAGGAAGAAUGACAAGUACUACCAGGUUCUAUUUCCAACUGGGACUCUAGUGGAAAUUUUGAUUGUGGCUUGGCCUUAUAACAAUGUCUUUCAAAUUAAUGUCAAGAUAUUCCCCUCGCCUCCAGACGUUGGCAAUACUAAUGGUUUAUGUGGUGUUUUGGAUGGUGCACAACAAAAUGAUCUAACAAGGAGAGAUGGAAAUGUUGAUAACCCUCAGAAUUUUCGAUACCACUCACCACCGCGUGCAUUCUUUAGAUCCUGGCGAAUACUUGCCAGUGAGGAUUUGUUCAGCCAUAGCAAUAUCAAGACCACAAAAUUCAAAUCUGUGUCGGAUACCCUCACUAAAGCUUGCACUUGUGAAGUAAAGGAAGGAAAAGUCAAAUAUUGUGGUGUUUAUGAAAGGACGGAAUCUAGGAUUGAUUGUAGUUAUGGUACAGUUGAAAAUUGUAAAUUCAAAAGAGGGAAUCCAUUUGAGUGCUCGGUAUACCCUGACGGGUCCAAAAGAAAGAAACGAGAUUUGUCGCAUCUCACAAAAAUCAUGGAAAUUCCUGUUACAAAUGAAAACCAAAUUUACCUCUGGACAAGGAGCAAAAGACAAAUUUACGAUGUUAGAACAGAGAAAGAAGCAGAAGAUAUUUGCAUCAAAGCUUUUGAGGAAACGGAUUCGAUUGCUACCUGUAGACAAUAUGAUCCUGAUAUAAGCAAUACUGCUGUUCACAACUGCAUUUCGGAUGUGAUGAUGACGGGUGACAAUAACAUAACAAAGAUUCACAUAGAAGCAGCUCUAGAGCAAUGUUCCAGUCUUGUUCUGUUCAAUUCGACCUUUCAGGAAGAGAGACCUGACGUAACACACAUUAUUGAAUCACUUUGUCCAAAUAACUGUAGUGGGAAUGGUGAAUGUCAUGAAGGAAAUUGCACAUGUGAAGAAAACUUUGCCGGAAGUGAUUGUUCUUUUGAUUUACUUGGACCUCCGAGUAUAAAGCACAUCUCAGACUUUGGUUUCUGUGACAAGUCGUACGAAGAAUGCGAUGAAAUAACUUUGUAUAGAGAACUGUUUUUAGAAAAGAUGAAUACAUAUUGCUACAUUACAAGAAGAACGAUUCAGCUAGAUGGAACGCAUUCAGAGAUAUUUUUUCAAAGCAAUUUGGAACCAAGAACACUAUUUGAAGGGUAUUGUCCUUUGUCAUACAGUACUGAAUUCCAUUGGAUGACAGAAUUUACAUUUAAUGUCUCAAACGAUGGAGUUAGAUUCACUGAUUCUUUUAAUGUGUACAUAUUUCAAUCGGACUGUCAAGAGUAUAAAAAUAUCAGUGGAAACAUCACGUUUUCCCUGAAGAGUGGCUACUGUUUUAUAAAAGGGAGAUGUUAUAUAGACGGAGGCACAAAUCGUGACAACCAAUGUGAUAUGUGCAAUGUCACUCAGGACAGAUAUAGUUGGUCAUUCAAUCCAGAUCAUUGUUUGAUAAAUGACAAGUGUUAUAUGAACGGAGAAAUAAGGGAGACAAAUCCCUGCAGUGCAUGUCUUUCCUCUGUAGACAAGUGGAACUGGUCAAAUAACCCAGGAUAUUGUUACAUUGAUGGCAUUUGCUACUUUGAUGACCAGACUCAAAAGAACAACGAUUGUUACAAAUGUAACUACACACGGAACAGGACAGAAUGGACAUUCAAUGAAGGUCAUUGUCUAAUUGAUGACCAAUGCUAUAAAGCGGGGGAGAGUAACUUAAUAAGCAGAUGUUUGAUAUGUGAUCCCAUUCAAAGCAGGACUAACUGGACCUUGAGUUCUGGAUAUUGUUUUGUCAAUGAUUUGUGUAUACAAGACGGGGAGUCGGAAGAAAAUAACCCCUGUUUGAUUUGCAACAUAUCUGUCAGCAUUGACUCUCUGAAGCCAAAUCCUGCUUACUGUGAUAUUAAUGGACUUUGCGUUGCACAUGCGUUAAAGAACGAAAAUAAAUCUUGUUUGUAUUGCAACACGUCAAUUAACAGAGGAAGUUGGUCACUGGACCAAGGGUACUGUUUUGUUAAUGAUACUUGCAUACAAGAUGGGAAAUGGGAAGAAAACAAUCCCUGUCUGAUGUGCAACAUCUCCACCAGCCGAGGCUCUUUAGUUCAUAAUCCUGGUUACUGUGAUAUUGAUGGACUUUGUGUUGCUCAUGCGUCCAAGAACGACAAUAAAUCUUGUUUAUAUUGCAACACAAAAAUAAACAGAGGUAGCUGGUCAUUGGACCCAGGGUUCUGUUUCAUCAAUGAUUCCUGUAUGCAGAAUGGAGUGUCAGACAAAAUAAACCAAUGUUUUAUGUGUAAUACAUCAGCAAAUUUGUACUCCUUGUCUCCAAAUCUUGCAUUCUGUUAUGUCGAUGAUAUAUGUGUAGCCAAUAGCCAGGAAAAUGAUAUAAAGUCCUGUUUUUAUUGCAACACGACAAACAACAGAGAAAGAUGGUCAUUGCGCCAAGACUUCUGUGUGAUUGAUGAGAUUGUAUUAUACAUGGGAAUAGCGAAAAGAACAAAGACUGCAGAGUUUGUGAUGCAUACGGCAACAGCAGCUUUUGGCAAAUAAAGGAUGGACACUGCUAUAUACAAGAGACCUGUUUUAAAGAUUCGGAAGUGAAUACCACAUUUCCCUGUCAGAUAUGCAAUUCAUCGAGAGAAAUCUUCAAAUUUUCAUCAAAUGAAGCAUACUGCAACAUUGAUGGUCUGUGUGUGCCUAAUGGAAGUGAAAGCCAUGCCAAGGCUUGUUUGUACUGUAACACGUCACUAAGCCGGGACAUCUGGUCUUUCAAUCAAGAAUACUGCAUAAUAAAUGGAACUUGCAUAAAACAUGGGAGUACCGAGUCAAACAAAGAUUGCAGAAUCUGCGAUGCAUAUAGCAACAAAACUGUUUGGCAAAUAAAAGAUGGCCAUUGUUAUAUACAAGAAAAGUG